CACUAUUUAUAAAUUGCUUCUCCCCACAGACCGUGAACCUGACUGUCAAUGCUACUAGCACAUGGGUCACAAACUGGGGUGAUGGGUCACCUUACAUUAUAAACGGCACCAAUCACACCUACACUAUGGCUGGCCACUUUAAAAUUAUUGCUUACCUGGAAUUGCUGCCAGACGUGAAGGAUGGUAUUAUAAUAACUGUGAUCGGAAAGCCCAAUGCCACACUGACGUGUCCUAGUUAUGUUACUGUUGGAGUGCCAACUGUGUGCCAACUCAUCUCCUCGGAUCAAGGUUAUGAUAACGUGAUAAAUGCUUCAUUUACUGAACCAGGAGUACCUAACACUUCGUAUCCUGUCCCAGGUAAAAAGAUCAAAGUUUAUGGAUCAAUAAUGGGUUCCAUAACUCCAGUAACUUCUCACUUUGUGGCCACAACCACCGCUGUUAUGUUCCAUGUUGAUGGUGUCAAAGCUGGUUAUCUAUCCCAGGUCACACUUAUUGCUACUAAAGUAGGAUGGGUCGCUCUCUACGCGCUGUUUCCUGGGUGUUCCUCUGGUACCUACUGCUCGGAGACAAGCCAGUGUAACAUAGGUUGUGUACCUGACUACUUCUCUCAGACCUGUGCUGACUACUUCUGUGCUAUAACCACCAAGUGUAAUGGACCUACUUGCACUGCUGGUACAACAGCACUAAACUCCAACUUUCAGUACAGACUCUUGUAUUCAUUCUAUGUGAAUAUUGUGAAUGUAAAUUAUACCCAUGUGUUUGAUGUGGAUGAUGUUGAGGUUCAUAAAGGUGAGAGACUUGCUGUUGGCUGCCUCAACACUGCUGACUGCUACUCUGCUCCCCUCAAUAUCAGUACAAGAUCGAGACAUGUAGACGAACAUCUGGACAUCAUUGUAUCUUACGUGGACGCUACCACUGCCCAGGAAACAGCAAAUAUUACCAAGAAAUUGGUCAUAAGUGCAACUGUGAGGGAACAUCAGCUAGUUAAUAUGAGCUACAAGGUGGACUGUGCCACAGCUUCAUCUAUUCCUACUGCCCUUGUUCCUACACCUUAUACACAAAAUACUUCUAUGUACUCCCUGAAAGGAACCCACAAUCUGACCUAUGUGAUUACGAGUAAGUUACUGGGGGCAGCAAGUAACUGGACCGGCCAAGCUUCAACAGUAUGUCAGGAACUUGUCAGUGAACCAGACUUAGUUGAUGAAUUUUGGGUUCCACUCUUCUACACAACUCCCUUCCACAUCACCUUUACUAAGGGUGCUCCUCUCUUCUCUAGUCUUAACUGGGGUCCUAAAGUUGCAUACACCUACUUUGCUAAUUCAACAGGUAUGGAUUGGGUAGUGCAACUGACUUAUAAUAAGACUGGAAAUUAUACUCUUCUUGGAAAUGCUUCCAAUGCUCUGAACUGGGUAAAUUAUUCCAGCUUUAUUCAUGUAGUCCCAGUAGUAAGCAACAAUUGGACAGCAACGCCUCUGUGCCCUUGCCUGGGCGUCAAAGAAGGAUUCAAUAUUUCCAUCAAUCUUACAGCUGCACCCAACCCACCUUUUUCAGCAAGCAUUUAUGCCACAUAUAUCAGUGGGUCACUGUUCCCUAACGAGACGAUGGACUUUGGCACAUCUAGCGGUGGUGGUGUUGCUCGUGCUCUGAAUGAAAUCUUUCACACGAUCAUCCUUCAACCAGGCAACUAUACACUCACUUUCUUCCUCAUGAAUGAAGUCUCAAACACCACAUUUAAUACUACGGUGUUAGUGGAGGAUGGCCUAGCAAAUGUUACCUUCGCCACAAGAAUCCUGCUGAAUGGUGUCAUGUCUCCAGGCUUUGGUGAUGAUCAAAACAUCUUCAUGUACAACACCUCCAUUUAUUUGCUACCAUCUGCAUUGAAGGGCAUGUAUAUUUUUAAAGACAGUACUGAUGACUAGAAAUAAAUCUUCAUUGGCUUGAGGCUCUGGAGAUUUGAGCCUGGCAUGGGCCAGUAGACCUAUUGCAGUGUUACUUUUUCAUGUUACAAAAAAGCAAACCUGAAAUUCGCAUUAAGAAUGUGUGUAUUAGAGAAAAUUGAAAUUGUGCCUUUCAGUUGGUGUGGCGUGCAUGCACAUGCACAAACACAUGCAUACACACGUAUACACACACAUGCAUACACACGCAUACACACACAUGCAUACACAUGCAUACACACAUAUGUAGCAACCAGUGGAAGAGGUGGGACCAGGAGCUUGGA